CGAGGGAGCGCCUUAUUUUGAAAAUGAACUCCUGGCGCCGCCCCUUAGAGCUUCGGAAGAAUUCAUAGUGUUCACAGUCUGAGAGAUAUCAGAGGAGAAGAAGGAGUCCUGACAGAAAUGUUGGCAUCAACCACAGAGCGAGCUGGCGUGACAGGAACCUCUGGUCUGGGCUCUGCAGCCAGUAAUGUCUCAACCUUCCUGGACUCUGAGUUUCGUUACCUCCUCUUCCCAGUUUUCUAUGGCAUCAUCUCCAUCCUGGGUGUCUGUGCUAACCUCUACGUGCUGUUUGUCCUGCGCUGCCUCCGCGAAGCGAAGGCCAUGGGAGAAAUCCGCAUCUACAUGACCAACUUGACCAUUGCCGAUCUCCUUUUCGUGUCGGCCCUUCCCUUCUGGAUUGGCUACUAUAAUCAUCACGGUAACUGGGUCUACACAGACUUCAUGUGCCGGCUGACGGGGUCGUUAUUCUUCAUCAACACCUACUGUUCCAUCUUCUUCCUCGGAGCCAUCAGUGUCAACAGGUACUGGGCGAUCACCCGACCUCUGGAAGCGGCCUCUUCUGACCACAAGCGUCGUGGGAUCAUUGUGUGCGUCGUCAUCUGGGUGUUGACCAUACUGAUGGCUAUUCCUUCUCUGGCAUCUCCAGGGACCAACACUGACGAGAACAACGUCACUCGCUGCUUCGAGGGCUACCAGAAUAAUACUGAUAUCCAUAAGAGAAUAGUGGCUGCCACAGAUUUCACAAUAAUUGCAAUGUUUUUUGUUGUCUUUUUUCUUGUGGUGGUGUGCAAUUUCCUUAUUGCUAAUGCGUUGCUUUCUCAAAAUCCUCACGAGUCAGAAAAUGGUUCUGCCACAAUCACGUCCAGAAAGUCAAAAAGGCCCAAAGGGGUCAAACGCAGGGCUCUCCAGAUGCUGCUGGCAGUGGUUGGGGUGUUCGCUCUGUGCUUCCUGCCCCACCAUGUCAUCCAAGGCCCCUGGACACUGGCAGUGCUGCAGAUCAAACAGGGCUGGGGCCACGUGGCCUGGGACCUGAACACUGUUCAGGCGCUCAACGACGCUCAUCAGAUCACCUUGCUCCUUAUGGGCCUCAACUGCAUUUUGGAUCCUGUGGUUUAUUUCUUUGCCACAAGGAAGUUUAGAAGGGUCAUUGUGGCCCAAAUCGAAAGAAUAUUUGAGCACUGAAAACAAUAGAGAAGUCAACAGUAAUAAAUAUACAGUAUAAUAAGAGCCUAACAGACUCUUCUGGGCUGUUUCGGAUGAAGCUUCUCACUAGAUUACACUCACACACAUCAGUUUAUUUGACUUCGUGAUGAUGUGAUAAUGAGAUACUUCUCUCCCAUCAAAGAAAUUCAUGUGAUUUUUGGCUAUUAUAUCUGGUAUUGUGAAACCAGGGAGGGGAAUAAUACUUGAGCUAUAUUUCUCCUCUGGCAUCUAAUACUGUGACAUAUGACCAUGACUCACUAUGAAAAAGAAAAGCUGCAUGUAUCUGCUGUAUUUUCAAUUUACACUGGACUUGCCUGUUAUUACAAAAUAGAUUUAUGUUUAGUGGAGCAGCUCAGGUUAUCUUGUAUCUAAUACUUAAUUUGCUGUAUGGUGAUGAUUAAAUCAAAUGAAAAAAAAUCACUUUCAUACAGGACACAUGUAUUCAUCUGUGUGCACAAAAACAAACAAACCGUGAGUUCAGUCAGAAAACUUGAACAAUUUACAGGUUUUAAUAGCAGAUGGCAAAUGAAGGGUUUCUUAUCGAUUGGUGGGAACCACACCCAGAUCGUGUUCACCAACUGAAUUAUUAUUUAUUUUAACAUCAAACAAAGUACACACUGUGAGAUAAAGCACAGUGACAAUCUCCACAUCAUAUGGUAAACUCUGCCUUCUUCCUCUUUGUAAUGCACGUCUCCUCCUUCCCAUGUGUGUUCAUGACAGACUUGAGUACACACUAUCCUCUGUUCUGUUGGUGGGGUCCAGAUCACUGUAGGCUUGGUUGGUGCUGGUGUAAUUCAUGUACACAUCUCCGUGGCAUUGAGUCUGUGGUAAACAUCCCCUGAUUUGUGAAAAAUAAAAAUAAAUUCAAUCAGUCUGUUAAUACA